AUUAUAUAUAGUCGUUCCUUUCGGUCCUCUAUAUCGAUUUUUCUUUGGUUGAGAGCCGGAAAGACAGAGGAAGAGAGAUGGACAAGCUAGCCGUUCUGGCGCUGAUCGUUUUCGCAGCUGUUAUGGCACUGCCGUUCGUUUGGUGCACGGCUGAUGAUCCUGAGAAGGUUGCCGAGUGGUUCCGUGCGCUCCCCUCGGCGAAGGAGAAGACCACUCAGCUCCACUUCUACUUCCAUGAUACUGUCACCGGCAAGAACCCCACCGCUGUCCCGAUAGCCCGGGCGCCCUCCACGGACAAAUCCCCAACCAUGUUCGGUUUCCUCAGCAUGAUGGACGACCCGCUCACCGUAGGGCCGGACCCAAAUUCCGAGCCUGUAGGACGGGCCCAGGGCAUCUAUGGGUCCGCGGGGCAGGAUUCGCUGGGCCUCCUCAUGACCCUGAACUUUAUGUUCACAAGUAAGGAGUAUAAUGGCAGCACCCUGAGCGUCUUAGGCCGGAACCCGAUUUUCGAGACCUAUCGUGAGAUGCCAAUCACCGGAGGGACAGGGGUUUUCCGACUGGCCCGUGGGAUUGCAACGGCAAAGACCCAUGUAUUCAACACCACCAGUGGCGAUGCGAUUGUUGAGUAUAAGGUUAUAAUCUUGCAUUACUAAAUAUAAACAAUUUAUCAUGUAGUCUUCGACUCUUCGCUUCGUCAUGACUAAUUAAUAUCAUCAUAUUUUUAUAUUUAGUAAGUUCAUAAGUUAGUACAUUUAACUAAUUAUGUGCCAUUAGCGUAGUAACGAUCCUCUCUAUUUAUUGGCACUAUAUACUGGGCCUUCUUCUGAGAUACAUUCUUCGAGUGCGUGGUUUGAUUGUUGCAAGAAUGAUGGCUCUGCCCCAUUGGGUCA